AUGUCUGAAAAUAUCGAGAAACAUAACCAAAGACUACCUCUUUGGAUGCUCAACCCGGCAGAGGAGAAGGAAGCCCGUCAGAAUUUGAAGAAGUUCGCUUAUGCUCAGUGUGUAGAUUACGUUGAGGCUAUGGUUGAGUGCUCUAAGAUACAUGGGCUCAAGGUUUUCCCAGCAUGCAACGAACCUCGUGAUGCGAUGCGCAAAUGUAUCUUGUCGUAUCAAGGGGACUCGUAUUUGGAUGUGCAGCGUGAUUUGAUGGUGCAGCAGAAGCUUGAGAGACUAGAACAGCAACUGGCCGAGCAAAAGAAGCAACAGCAGCAGCAAAAGUAG